AUGAAGGACGAGCUGGUGAAGUACAAGGACCGGAUGGCCACACUUGAAGCCGAGUUGGUGGGACUCAAAAGAUCGGACCCGUCAGCAACAACGGUGGACGGGGCGGAGAUGUGGGAGGAGAUGAAGGGCCAGCUGAACAAACUCACCCAGCAGCUCUCGUCUCUGCGCAACAGCUCGCGUGCUUCAAGCUUAGAAAACAAACAUGCGCGCGCCAAGCAGGCCCCAAUUGACGAGCUCCACGAGGAGCUCGGCCAGCUCCAGAGUCUCCACCAGAUGCUCAAGGACGACUUCAACCGACUGGGGGCGGAGAACGGCAGAGCAGGUAGUUCGUUAUCAAGGUCGGUGGUGGGAGACAUAUUGAGAGACUGA